AUGGAACCAAAACCAUGCAUCGUUGUUCAUCACGGUGGAUGUUGGAAAUCAAAUUGUGGCAGUAUGGAGUACGAGGGUGGGUCUACCACAAUAUUCAAUGAUUUGGCAGAGGAUUUAGAUGCAUUAUAUCUCAAAAAAUUAGUAUUAAAUUUGGGGUACACUAAUCUAAGUAAGUUGCAUUAUUUGGAUCCUAGGAAAACUAUGGUUGAUGGUAUUAGGUUCCUUGGAUAUGAUCAUGCGACAUUCGAUCCUUUUGUAAGUCUCUUGCUUGAGUAUAGUCUGAUUCAUGUUUAUUGUGAACAUAACUUAAAUAAUAAUCAUGAACCAUGCUAUAUUGUUGACUUAGGAAAUUAUUUUCAUGAUGAAAUAUAUGCCAAUACUAGUACUAUGACUUUUACUGAGUUGUUACAACACGAUAACGAGGAUGAUAAUGAUUUUGAGAAUCAUAUCACACCUAUACUAGAUGAUGGAAUUGAUUAUGAUGAAGACGGUAGUGAUAUGGAUGAUGAAGAGGUUGUUGAUGCAAUAGAAAAGGUUAAACAAGCUAAGAAAACUGAAAGGGACUACGAGGAGGAACUUAAGCAACUUGAAAGAGUGGCACAAAACAAAAGGAAGCAACCUGAUGAUUUGGAUAGUGAAUAUGAAGAUUCUACUGACCUGGACAGUCCUGACGAAGCCUCCGAUGAGGAAGAUUGGACAACACCUCAAGAAACUGUGUUCUAUGUUGGGCAAGAAUUUGAUAAUGCAGAGCAGUUGAGAAAAGCAAUAACAGACUAUAGUAUUUUUCAUGGGAGGGAUGUGCAUUUGAGUACAAACAAAAAAAAUAGGAUCGGAGCCGAUUGUAAAGUACAAGGUUGCAAAUGGAGAAUUUGGGCUUCUUGGGCUACUGGUAAAAGAACUUUUCAGAUUAAAACACAUCAUGCUGAGCAUAUUUGUGGUAGAAAGAACAAGGUGACAAUGAUUUCUUCGUCAUGGGUUGCUUCAACUUAUGCUAUGGAGCAUGUGUGGUGUGAUUGGGGUUUAAAGAUUUCCAUCUGGCUAGCAGUUAAGGCUAGGAAAAAGGGACAAGCUAUGAUUCUUGGUGAGUAUCGAGAACAAUAUGGCUUAUUACACAGAUAUGCGUUGGAGAUAUUUAAGGCGAACUCUAACAAUACAGUUGUUUUGAAAUUAGACAACGGAGAAUUUCAACGAGUGUACUUUUGUUUUGAAGCAUUGAGGAAAGGGUUUCUUGCAGGAUGUAGACCAUUUAUUUCACUAGAUGGUUGCUUUUUGAAAGGUCCGUUUGGUGGGCAACUUCUAGUAGCCGUCGGGAGAAAUGGAAACAAUCAAAUGUUUCCGAUUGCAUGGGCUGUUGUGGAGGUUGAAAGUGGUGAUAGUUGGGGUUGGUUUUUGGAACUCUUAGCUCAAGACCUAGGUACGAAUGAUGGUGCAGGUUAUACCUUAAUGGGCGUGUUUGGUGGGGGGCAAGAACUCAGGAAAUGGUUCUGGAGGAUUGCCAAAAGUACAACUGAAAAUGUUUUCCGUGAAAAUAUUGAAGCUUUUAAAAAAGUUUUUGAUGCUGCAGCAAAUGACUUGCUGAAAAGGAAUUACAGUAAAUGGUGCAGGGCAUUCUACACACCUCAAUCUUGUUGUGAUAACAUAGACAAUAACAUGAGUGAGGUCUUCAAUGCAUAUAUUCUUAACUCUAGGCACAAACCAAUCAUUACUAUGCUAGAGGACAUAAGGGAGAGUAUCAUGGAGAGGUUAUUUAAGAAGAGAGAUUUCAUCAGCAAGAAAGAGUGUUUUAUUUGUCCGAGAAUUCAAAAAAAGUUGGAAGAGAACAAGUUAAAGUCAAGGGGGUGGUCUGCAUUUUGGGAUGGGAGGUUUAAGUUUGGUGUGAGAGAAGGGAUUGAUCAAACUAAAUAUGUUAUUGAUCUAAGGGAUAGAACUUGCAGCUGCAAUGCAUGGCAACUUAGCGGAGUUCCUUGCAAACACGCAAUUGCUGCCAUUUGGAAGUCAGUGGAACAUCCCGAGCAAUAUGUUGCAAGUUGUUUUACUAAACUUGAAUAUUUGAAGGCUUAUGAUUAUCCUUUGUAG